AUGCCAACCAAACGAGGAUGCUAUCCAUACGUUACAGAGAGCGAAGUACCUACCAAGCGCGGGAAAUGCGACAUCCAUGACAGUCGUAGCGAUAACAAGAACGGAGCUCUUCAGCAGUGCCAACUUCAGGAGCCAAGUACAGGAGUGGAUAGCCAAGAGCGCAUUCAUCCGGAGAGUGAUACAGUCCAGUCUGAUGCAGUGUUGAGCGGAGCAUCAGAUCUCAGUAAUAGUGUGGUCACAUCAUCACUGGGUCUCUUGGUAGUCGCACCGAAGUUUAAAGUGCUACAUGACUCGUGGGAGGCAUUUGAGGAAGCUCUAAAGGCCUAUGGGAAGGCCACGUACCAACUGUACGUCAUCCGCUCCACGACGUCUGUCAAGCGACGAAACUUCAAGAUUGCGGAAAGGGGAACAAGAGAAAAAGUGGCUGCUACGUGUGUUCAACCUGAGGCAGAGCUGGGAGUGUCUGUGGAUCAAGAUGUUUCCGGCGUGGGAGGAACACAUGUCGUUGAGAAAACGUUGAUUCCAGAACGGUUUCUAUGGUACUCCAAGUCACUCAAGUGUACGCACGGAUGGAAAGACCGCCAUCGAGGCACUGGAAAACGUGGAUCGGGUGUGGUAUGGUCAACGAGCUGUCCAGCAAAGAUGUGUGUGACUCUGCAAUAUCGAGGACCUGGACCGGACGACUGGAAAGUGGUUGUGACCAAACACAUGCGGACGCACAACCACCAACUGUCGAAGGAGUUGUAUCUAUACUACACGGAGAACCGGCGAAUUUACGAUCCUGAGCUGCUAGCGGUUGUCGGGAGGGCAUCUGGAGCCACGAAAUCCUCGUUUGACAUGGCCAACGCUCAUAAUGCAUCGUUGAUCGAGCAAGCGAACCAGCGUCCCGGGCUGUAUCGUGUACUCAUGUCCAAUGCCGAACAAAGACAACAGCAUGCUCCGUCGAUGACAUUUGUGGCAUCAGACGCAUCGGCUCCGUUGUUUUUGUUCCCUGAUGAACAUACUUCUGAUAGUGCUGCAAAUAAACAGCACAUGGCGCUGUCGGAUACCGGCGCUGUCGAUCAAUCAUGCGUCCAAAUGAGGACUUCAUCAGCUGCCAUGACGGCGCUAGGGGCGAUGGUGCUGACACCUGGAACGGUCCCUUCGAUAGCGAUAGGUGGGGGAGGUUUUUGCGUUCCUCGAGUCUCAGUGAAGGUGCAUACAUCGUGGGAUGCUUUUCACGACUUUAUCGCAAAGUACUCUUUCGACACAGCACAAGUUUUCCGUACGCGUUCGACUGUAUCAGUUGCUGCCAGAAACGCGAGAAUUGUAUCAUCUAGUGCCGCCAAAUUAGGACGAGACGACCAUGAUGUUGCAAGCUAUGCAAGUUACGCUUCGAUGUCUCCCUCCUUGCGCCUGAUCCCGGAAGAGUACAAGUGGUUUUCCAAGCUGCUAAUUUGUACAUAUGGAUGGAAGCGCAAAGCACGGGACAAAGGGUCUCGAGCUGACGAAAGCAAUGAUGCUGGUCCGUGUCCAGCUAUGUUACUUGCUCGUAUGGAGCGCAAUGUAGACGGCGACUGGUACAUAGUAAUCAAUCGUCAAGUCCAGAAGCACAACCACCGAUUAAGUGGAUUUAUUGAGUCGACUACCACAAGCAGUGGCGUGCCCGUUCAGUGUGUCGAAACUGAUGUCACUGAAUCAUUGGCAACUGCAUCGCUGAUGAGCCCAAGUUCUGACCAACGAAGCUCACGUUCAAAUAGCUCACCUUUGCUUCAGACCGAGGCGACGACCGAGCUUGACGUCGACAAUUUGCCACCACGACCACUAAAUCAUCGUGAGAUCGUUGUUCGCGUUCCCAAACUCCAGUCUGUCUUUAACUCCUGGGACGACUUCCACGCGAGCCUGAAAGCUUACUCCGAUGCUACGUACCAGCUUUAUCGCACCAGGACGACAAGCUCAGCGACGGGAAGGAACAAGAAGAUUGCCCAAGCAAAUCAUGGUGAUGAAGACGAUGCAAAGGGCAAGAAGAGCAACAAAAAGGGAGGUGACAGUGAAGUUACACUAAAUAGAGAUAUAAUUGCGCGCAUGAUACCUGAAUCGUGGAGAUGGUAUUCGAAAACGCUUACAUGCACGCAUGGCUGGAAGGAGCGACACCGUGGAACGGGGAAGCGCUCUGCGCAUGGUGUGCGCUCAACAGCAUGUCCCGUGAAGAUAUGCGCGACUGUGCAAUAUAUGAAUCCACCCGAAAGAGUUCAUGCCGAAAAUAGCUCCGAUGCAGUUGAUGGCAACGGCUUGGUGACAUCUGACAAUUACUGGCGAGUUGUGGUAACGAAGCAUGUCGUAGACCAUAACCACAAUUUGUCGCCUGAGCUGUACCAGCAUUACUGUGAGAAUCGCCGGAUCUACGACCCCGAACUCCUUGCGAUUGACACGUCAAACAUUGGCAUUGAGGUUGGCAGUACAGUCUACCAGGACGCUGUCACCACAGCUUCUGAUACGCUGAAGCUUCGCAUCAUUGGAGACCGAAUAUGUUGUCAGCCUCAUGCGUGUUCGACAGAAGGAGACGUAAGGCCAGCAGAAGCUGUGAAUCAUGCUCAGGUAUGUGGACCUUUUGUCGGUAAUCAUGCGGUCAAUACUGGAGCUGGUGAAGCAGUCACUGUACCCCCGUCCGUGCGGGAGAUGCUGUACUCUGUCGAUGCAGGACAACAUUUCGUGGGAUCAGGUGGCCUGCUUCCGUACAGCUCUACAACAAUCUACCUGUCAGUCCAAGCUCAAGGCCAGGAGAACCAGCACGGAGGUCGUCAAGAGCAUGCGCUAACAGUGUUUGGUGGCAACACUGAUGGGGGUCCAGCUGGUCGAAGGUACACAGGUGAUGAAAGCACAGGCUUGACAAAUAUGGCAACGCAAGGUACAAAGUCCCUUGACUAUGGCAUGCUUAACGCUGCAGAAGCGGUUAUGACGGGUGCCAUGUCUUUGUCGGGCUCAAAUGUGACACCCAUUGCUAGUUGCACCCUCGGAUCAUUGUCCAGCACUGACUUGGAACUAGGUCAGACUUCGGGCAAGAUCACGUCGGAACCUGACGAGGUAGAGUCUGUCACUACUCCAGCAUCGCAGCAGACAUGCUUUCAGGUUGCCAGUGGCAAUACCUAUGCUACCACCACUCAUUGUAGCGAGCUACUGGCUCCUACUGAGACCUGUUUCGACGCCGAAAAUGAGGCACUGAUGUACGCUGGCGAGAUGGAAGGCGUCUGGCAGCCAUCUUCACAUGUGGAGAUUGUAAAGGUGGCUCUACAAAAUGGGGAGACGACGUGGCGCGUCCCGCGUAUCGUGCAGCGGUAUCCUUCUUGGGAAGCAUUUCAUAGCUACCUGGACGCGUAUUCAGCUGCAACGUUCCAGCUUUACCGCGUCCGUACGACGUAUUCAGUGCGCUCGCGCAACACGCGCCUUCGUCAAUUGGCGGCGAGUCGGGGACUGCUUGUACGCGACGGUGACAACGAAAAAGAUAGCGCAAGCUCUGCUGAGUCGGAGCAAGCAGGUGGUCAUGGAUUGUCCCGGGCCCACUUGGUACCUGAACGAUUCGAAUGGUACUCAAAGACGUUUUUAUGUACGCACGGUUGGAAGCGUCGCGGUCGUGGUAGUGGCCAACGUAGAAGCCACAAUGUUCGAGCUGCUGCGUGUCCCGUCAAGGUAUGUGCAACACUACAGCGCACGGAUGGAUCGAGUACGUGGAACGUCGUUGUCACGAAGCACUGGACGGAGCACAACCAUGACCUUUCAGAAGCGCUUUACCUGCAGUAUUCCGACGUCCGACGGGUCCGUGAUCCGGAAGUUCUCGAACAGGCAGAACAGCUUUGGCGAGGAGGAGCCACACGCCGUCGAGUGUUUGAGCUUCUCAAGGAGCGAUCGCCGAACCAAGUUAUUAUCAUGAAAGACGUGCACAACCUCGUGCAGCGGUGGCAGUCACAAGAGCGUCGCGUAGGAAAAGAAGCGGACGGAAGGGAUUGCAACGACCAAGCUAGUACCACCAGUCGAGUGGAAAGUUUAUACCGGACGUGA